UUUCAUUAUGUUGGGCGUUAUUUUAGUUUGGGCUGUGGAUUUAUUAAAAACCACCUACGCUUUGGAUUUUUCAUUCAAUUGUUGUUCAUCGGUCAUCGAUUAAUCACCAGCAGCGUGCGCUUACUCAAGACCUCUUGUCGCUCCGACUCCUUUUAAAUCGAUUGUCAGUUUGGAUUAUAACGCAACGUUCGUUACAUUCGAAGGACUUUUCAAAUUAAAAAAAGGAUUAUCCGAAUUAAUAAAUAAAAUUUUAAUAAAAUGGCUUUCAUUCAAAAAUCGCUUAUUGUUGUCCUAGUGAUUAUGUGUUUUGUGAUCAAUGAUGUUGUCUGUCGACAGAUCUCCGAAAACACAUCAAAUAAUAGUGAAACCGAUGUCUCUGAGGGACGUACAUUCGGUCAUCACUUCUUGAAAAGGAUAAGCUUUGCAAUAAUCCCUGGUGCAUUUGUUGUUGGUGUUAUUACAACACUUUUAGCUGCCUUGACUGUUGUCUCCAUGAAGGGUUUGGGUGUUGGAUUGAUCCUGUUGAUCCUUACCAUUGGACAACUUAUGUCUCGUGCGAUACCUCAGGCUCAAGCUGCUCCUCUUGCCGCACCACUUCCAGUUAUUUACUCUCAUGCACAUUCUCAACAACCUGUGUUUCUUGAAAAAGAAUGGUAAUCAUAAUUAUCGUCAUCGUCAUCAUCGAUAUGCUGAAAAAUAGGAUUUAAGCAAGAUCAUGAAAUGCGCCGAAAAACCAAAUAUAAGAAAUAGUUAAAUUAUGUACAUUAUAAUUAUUUUAUAAGAACUAUUAAAUUAUUUAUUUAUUUAUAUUUACAUGCUUACGAA